AUGAUGCACAUUACCCUUCUUGCCUUCGCCGGCACUGUCGCCGCGCUCACCGACAUCGAACACAAGCCUUUCAUGAGAAAGAACAUCGACCCUAUUGUCCUUCCGGGAAAAUAUGCUUCCCACAUGCACUCCUUCUACGGCUCCGAUGCCGUGACUAAAGACCUUCCAACCACGGCGGAUCUCCAGAAAGGCUGUCCUUCAGGCGAGAACCCGAAUGAUCUAUCGGUAUACUGGGCGCCAACACUCUACUACGUCAAAGGGGACACCUACACUGAGAUCUACCCUGCGACCUUCAAGACAUACUACGAGAACAUCGACCGCGCCGAGAUCCCAUUCCCACGCGAUCUACACAUGGUCGCGGGCAACGCGUCUGCGAAGUCGCAGGCGGAUAUCAACGAGAAAGUGACGGCCAUCACGUGGUGGUGCGACACAGGCGCGGACGAUCGGAACAGUCGCCCUCGAGCAGCGUUCCCGAGGGGCACAUGCGGCGCGCACAUGCAGGCCAUUCUGAGGUUCCCUGAUUGCGUGAAUCCGAACAAAGUAACCGAAUAUGCGUAUGCGGCUGCGAGUCCGGGCGGGAAGUGUCCCUCCGGAAUGAAGAGGAUGCCAAGCUUGAGGUUCUCGGUGAGGUAUAAUACUAAGGCUGCGAUACCAGGUGGUUGGAGUGGCGUUCCGCCCUUCAAGCUUGCCUGUGGCGAGAUCGGCGAUGGCUACUGUUUCCACGGCGACUUCAUCAAUGGAUGGUUUGAGGAUGCUGCGCAGAAUAUGCUGAAAGCAAAGGGGCAGUCUUUCAUGGCUAUUGAUGGUGCCCAUGGCAAGGGAAAGGUCCCGUUCAACCAGAGUUGCAAGCCGAAGGAUCGGGAUCCCGAUGGCGGGACGAGUGAUUAUCACAGGAGCUUGGAGAUGAUGGGUCAUAUGUAGGUACUUUUGUUCUGCGUUGAAGAUCGUUGCCCUGGAUGGUUAGCAAUGGC